CCAGGGGCAGCCCCUGCGGGGGGCGGAGGAGGGCCCUUUGUGAGGAGGGGGCAGAGAGGGCCUGGCAGGGUCCUGCAGGCAGAGCCCUGCAGGCAGAGCGGUGACCCAGGUGCGGCUCUGCUUGCUCGUGUGGAGAAUGGGCUCUUCACGUCCGUCCCGUCUCCGUGUUCCUGGUCCGCGCCGGGCAAGCUUCCGUGGAGCUGGGGAAGGUGGCGGGGAGGGCCGUCCCGCCCAGAGCGGCUGGCUGUUGGGGAAGGCGCUACUUUGUCCGUGUGCUGGCAGCUGCGUGUGCAGCCUCUCGGGCAGGAGGACCCUUGGCUUCCUCCACUUGGAGACAGCGGCGGCGACGUGCGGCGUCAGUGUCGUAUCCCCGUGUCCUCCUGUGCGGCCCAGGCUGCAGGCAGGCCCCAGAGGGCUGGGUGGAGCGUGUGGCGCCGUGCUGCUCUCUGGGCACCCGGUGGAGGGGAGGGUGCCCGGUGCCGACAGCUGCUGCUGCGUUGGGUUUCGGCUCCUGUCGGCGUUGGCGCUUUUGUCUGUCAUCCAACCCAGCUCUCCCUUCUGUCCUGCAGGCCACCCCGUGGGCCGGAGGGCCCCAACCUUUCCCAGGACCAGUCUGCGUGGCCUGCCCCGCGUGCGGCCCGUCGUCGCCCAGCUGGGCACCUGCACCUGUUCCCCCUUGGUGCCCCGUGCCGCCUCGCCCCCCACCGCCAGCUGCUCCGCUCGAACCUCGUGCUGCUCUGGUGUCCCCUGGUAGCUCCCGCCCACCUGAGGCCACCAUGGAGUCCCAGAUAAAUUGAGAUGUGUUGUUUGGUGGAAGUCUUUCUUGGAUAUGUAUUCUUUUUGUUUUCGCAGCAUCCUCUUUGGCCUCGUUUGUAGGCUGUGUGUUAUGU